AGAUCGAGGAUUGGCUAAACAAACAGGCCAUAUAUCAGAUUCACAAGCCUCCGCCGAAUCAAAACUUGAUAAGUUGCUUGAAGGCGGAAAUAUUACUCUUAACUGUUUGAUUCCUGGUGAGGAAGCAAGGGAUAUCUUCGAA